AUGUUCUACAUUUACGUCAAGCAAUUUAUUGAGAGUGAUUCAGCAAACUGUCCACCUGGAAGAUAUUUCGACAUGACAUUGUCAAGCUGUUCGCCCUGCGGCUACGGCUUCUAUCAACCUCGACCGGGUACUUUCGAAUGCAUUGCUUGUGAUGUUGGUAAGACAACGAUGUCCGAGACGGCUACAAACGAAGAUGAGUGCCGAGACGAAUGCCCAGACGGUGAGCAUCUAUCUUCUUCUGGAUCGUGCCAACCGUGUCCAGCUGGAACUUACCGUACCCGGGGAGAACACAAACAGUGUGUCAGUUGUCCACCAGGUACCACCACCGAAUCAGUUGCAUCCACGAAGAGAGAGCAGUGCAAUACUCCCAGAUGCAAAGUUGGACAAUUCUUAGUGAAAGAGACUCGUGCCCCCGCGGUACCUUCCAAGACGAAGAGCAGAAGUCGACAUGCAAGCUCUGUCCCACUGACCAUACCACAGCAUCCCAGGGUAGCACUCGGUUUUCCAAACCUAUUGGUAACAGAGAUUAAAUGCUGGUGUUCCUUAGGAGCCACAGCUGAAUCACAAUGCUAUUCGACAAACCAAUGCGCUACCGGUGAGGACAACUGCUCCUGGCAUGCACACUGCAUAGAUCUACCUGAUGACAACGACGUCCCAUCGUUCCAGUGCAAAUGCAAACCCGGCUACAGGGGCAACGGAACAUUCUGUCAA